GGCAUCACUGGGCGUGUACCACGCGGCCGACACUCGAGAGCGCGCCGUUUGCGCGCGGUGUUCUGACCUGGAAAGAGAAGGAAGAGGAACGAAGUCUCCGAACGAACGCGCUUGCACGCUGUACCCGGAGCACAACGAAUUCUCGCCGUCAGGGUACUACUGGUCCCGUCUUCUUCACAAGAGCUGCGUGAUCACAUCUAACACAAAAGCUGUUAGGUGCAACGCUGCAGCCGUACUCACUUGAGCGCCAUCGAAGGAGCAUGCGGCGGGCGGCGGCCUUCCUGCUGCUGUCAGCUCUGGCUUCGACCGCUGGUGCUGCCGAGCCCAUGCGCUGCAUCGUGCAGCCCACCCACGGCUCGGUGCUGGAGACGAGCUUCCUCGUGGGCUGCACUGGAGGAGAGGAGGGCGUCCCACUGCGCGUCUACCUGCGUGAUCAUGUCACUGCCGGUCCCUACCAGGGUCGCCUUGUGCACGUACUUCCGGGUCCUGGCGCGUACCGCGUAAAACUGCCCAUGGGCGACGCCGAGCAGGCCUACGCCAUGGGGCUGCACGUGCACGGCGCCGAUUCGCCGCCCACGAACGUCACCGUGACACCGCCGCACCACUGCGAGCCACUCGCACAACUGGUGGCGACCCCUGGAGGCGACGUGCCCGUUGCAGUUCGGUGCACCCGACGCUCUCUCUGGUGGCGGUAGCGGCGAGCUACGCAGCCGCCUGCGGACACUCGCCGGACUCGACGUCGGCGCUGCUUCUACCGCUGCUCCAGAGGGCGAGGGUGCACACGCCGCUGCAGCUGGAGCACGGCGCCGAAGCACUGCGCGCUCUGGGAUUCGCAAUCGCAGGCACGUUGAAGCACACCGUGUACAUGAAACGGGGCAGCGGCGGAUCGCGGCAUCUUUUAACCCUCGCACUGCCACUCACGAGAUAACUCGGGCACCGACCCACGCACAAUAUCUGCCGAUCCUUACAGUACUCUCGCUUUGUGUUUUCAG